CCUUUCCUCCUCCCCCUUUCCCGUUCCCCUCCCCCCUCUCCUCCUCCUCCUCCUCCGGAGCCCGGGUGGAGCUGGUUUUCCGGGUUCCCGGAGCUGGGAUCCUGCCCCUCUCCCAGGCAGGAAGCGCCUUUCACCCCGAAAUCCCACCCGAGUGGGGGGAGCAGAAGACGGAGGAAAGGGGGGGGGAACAAAAGAGAAAACUUUUUUAAAAAAUUUUAUUAGCCGGGGUGGGGGAAGGAAAGUCCUGCCAACCGAGACUGGGCCGCCAGGAAAGCCAGCCGGGGGGGGGGGGCCCCCGCCGACACCCCAAUAAUCCCCCGGUUCGGGGGACGGGGGAGAAGACCGGCUGGGAGCGCAGCGUGUUGCGGAGGGAAAGGUGGUGAUGUCCGGCGGAGCCUGAGAAGGGCGAGGAAGUUACAGGGAGAUUGAAUCGUCCCACCUUCUGCUAAAUGCGAGGCCCAAGAUCGCGAGCUGACGCCGGGUGAACAGAGCCACGGGUUGGCGUGAUCGGAAUGUUGGGAAUUCAGCACAGAAGCCUCAGAGAGAGAAACACAGCCCGGUGUGCCUGAAGAUGACGACAAAGCGGAACCUGUUCGUGCGCUUGGUACCGUGUCGUUGUCUGCGCGGGGAAGAAGAAACGGUCACCACUCUAGAUUACUCCCAUUGCAGCCUGGAGCAGGUGCCCAAGGAGAUUUUCACUUUCGAAAAGACCUUAGAAGAACUCUAUUUGGAUGCGAAUCAGAUCGAAGAGCUUCCCAAGCAACUUUUUAACUGUCAGUCUCUGCACAAACUGAGUCUGCCAGACAACGAUUUAACAACAUUGCCAGCAUCCAUUGCCAAUCUCAUUAAUCUCAGGGAACUGGAUGUCAGCAAGAAUGGGAUACAGGAGUUUCCAGAAAAUAUCAAGAACUGUAAAGUUUUGACGAUUGUCGAGGCCAGCGUCAACCCCAUCUCAAAGCUUCCCGAUGGAUUUUCCCAACUGUUGAACCUAACCCAGCUCUACCUAAACGAUGCAUUUCUGGAGUUCUUGCCAGCCAAUUUUGGCAGAUUAACUAAACUCCAGAUAUUGGAACUGAGAGAGAACCAGUUAAAAAUGUUACCCAAAACUAUGAACAGACUGACUCAACUGGAGAGACUGGAUUUGGGAAGUAAUGAAUUCUCAGAAGUGCCUGAAGUACUUGAACAACUGAGUGGGCUCAAAGAAUUUUGGAUGGAUGGCAAUAGACUGUCUUUUAUCCCAGGGUUCCUUGGAAACUUGAAACAGCUGACGUACCUGGAUGUUUCUAAGAACAGCAUCGAAAUGGUUGAAGAAGGUGUUUCCGGCUGUGAAAGCCUGCAGGAUUUGCUACUGUCGAGCAAUUCACUUCAACAACUGCCGGAGUCCAUCGGUUCAUUAAAAAAAUUGACAACACUAAAAAUUGACGAAAACCAGUUAAUGUACCUACCGGACUCCAUAGGGGGGCUGAUCUCAAUAGAAGAAUUGGACUGUAGUUUCAAUGAAAUCGAAGCUUUUCCGCCAUCCGUUGGGCAGCUGACUAACAUUAGGACCUUCGCUGCUGACCACAAUUUUUUACAACAGUUGCCUCCGGAGAUUGGAAGCUGGAAGAAUGUAACCGUGUUGUUUCUCCAUUCGAAUAAACUCGAGACUCUUCCUGAGGAAAUGGGUGAUAUGCAGAAAUUAAAAGUCAUCAAUCUGAGCGACAAUAGGCUGAAGAAUUUGCCCUUUAGUUUUACAAAGCUUCAGCAGCUGACUGCCAUGUGGCUCUCCGACAAUCAGUCCAAACCACUGAUACCGCUUCAGAAAGAGACCGAUCCAGAGACCCAGAAGACCGUGCUCACUAACUACAUGUUCCCCCAGCAGCCGAGGACCGAGGAGGUUAUGUUCGUAUCGGAUAACGAAAGCUUUAAUCCUUCCCUGUGGGAGGAACAAAGGAAGCAACGAGCUCAAGUGGCGUUCGAGUGUGACGAGGACAAAGACGAAAGAGAGGCACCUCCCAGGGAGGGAAACUUAAAGAGAUAUCCAACCCCCUACCCAGACGAACUCAAGAACAUGGUCAAAACAGUUCAGACCAUCGUCCACAGAUUAAAGGAGGAAACAGCGGAAGAGUCCGGGAAGGAUUCAAAAGCACCAGAAGACCAGCAAGUUGGAGUAAAAGAUGCAGGUGUAAAGACUUCAGAAGGGAUCCCAGUCAAAGGACAAACAGAAGACAGGGAGCAGCACCCGAUGGGAAACUGUGUGCAGAAGGCAAGUGAAGCAGAAGCCGAAAAGAGCCCGGAAAACCCGGAGACCGAUGCCAACGCGAAAGCCCCCGGGAGCCCCAGAACGAGCAUCAGCCAAGAAGGCACGGUGGAGGGAUCCGAAGAACUUUCUUCGGAUGAAGAAAUGAAAAUGGCUGAGAUGCGGCCGCCGCUGAUCGAGACGUCCAUGAACCAGCCAAAAGUCGUAGCCCUCGGCAGUAAUAAGAAAGAUGAAAGUCAAGAUGCGGAUUCGUUAUCAGAUGAGGCCACCCACAACAGCAAUCAGAACAACAGCAAUUGUUCCUCCCCCUCUCGGAUGUCGGACUCGGUCUCUCUCAACACCGACAGUAGCCACGACGCUUCGCUGCGCUCUCCGGUGAAGGGGAGAACUCCCGGCGCUCUCAUUUCCCAAAUCAGGCAAGAAGAUGAAAAUUUCAAUAGUCUUUUCCAGAACGGAAGUGACAUCAAUAGCUCAACCGAAGAAAAGUUCAACACGCGAGAGGGAAGAGUCAUCGGCCUGACAGAAUUGGACUUGAACAUCGAGGAGAGGCUGACCCUCACCGAGCAAGGGGUCGACCUGAAGACCCCCUCGGGAGAAUCCAUCGCGUUAGACCGGAUCAACAUGAACGUUCAGACGUGCGAUAACGACGAGGCGGCGGAAAGGGCCAAGGCGGCCCAGGGCGUCGGGUGCGGGAAGGGGUUUUUAAACAGUAACGCCGGAGGAGAGACCGCCCCCUUAGAAAAUGGCGACCGAUAUCCCGACCCGCCUUCCGGGAGCGAGGCGAACGGGCUUCCCGAGGAGUCGGCUCGACCCGCGAGGAGGGCCGACCCCCGGCGGGGCCCGGCCCUCGACCCCGAGCCCUCCGCGGACCCGGGCGUUUCCAAAAGCAGCGAGGACCUGUCGCCGCGGCGCCGCGGGCCCCCCGGCUCGGUCGUCAAGUCGCACAGCGUGACCGACAUGGAGCCCGGGGCCCUGAGGAUCUACGACAUCCUCGGCGACCACGGCGGGCCCCAGCAGCCCGGCUCGGCCCCCAGGGCGGGGACGGCGGCGGCGGCGGGCGGGACCGAGGGCAAGAACAUCGUGCGGAGCAGAUCGGCCACCCUUCUGUGCGACCGGCCCCUGCAGGUCUUCCCGGGCUCCUCCUCCUCCUCCUCCUCCGACCUGGCGUCCUGCGCCAAGACGGCGUUCAGGUUCGAUUCGAACCACAACCCCGAAGAGGCCGCCGUGGUGAGGGGCCCCGGAGCGGGCGGGGCACCGCCCCACGGGCCCCCCCAGUACAACGUCCAGUACAGCAGCCACGCCCCGGGCAAGGACGCCCUCUGGCACCCCAGGCCGAAUCCCCAGACGGAGCCGGCCGGCCUGCCGCCUCCCCGCCUCCCCCGCUCCGACGGCCCCGACGGCCCCGGCUACGCCAAGCACGCCGCCAACCUCAACUUCUCCAACCACAACAACGUGCGGGCCAGCGCCGCCUACGCCGCGCACCAGAGGUCGGGGCCGCCCCGGCACGGGGAGCCGUGGGCGGUCGCCCCGGGCGACAGGCUGGUGCCCAGGGCCCCCCGGAGCGCCCUGCAGAGGCAGGGCAGCGUGUCCUCGACCGCGUCGGGGAACCCGGGGGAGCCGGACCCCACCCGGCGGGCCCCCAUUCCCGAAGGGGAGUACCUGACCUACCGGGAACUGCACCCCAUGGGGCGGGCCCCGCCCGUCACGCCGGCCUGCCAACGACCCCUCUCGGCCCGGACCUACAGCGUCGACGGGCCCGGCGCGCCCAGGCCGCAGAGCGCCCGGCCCUCCGUCGGCGAGAUCCCGGAGAGAACUAUGUCGGUCGGCGACUUCAGCUACUCGCGGACUAGCCCCUCCAAAAGGCCCAACGCCAGGGUGGGCUCGGAGCAUUCUCUCCUAGACCCUCCGGGAAAGAACAGAGUCCCCCACGACUGGCGGGAACAGGUGCUGCGACACAUCGAGGCCAAGAAAUUAGAGAAGAGCAUGCUGUCGAGGUCCUUUAAUUCCAAUUACGCUGCAGUAAGCAGCAGCUUCCCCUCUGGCAGCUCUAGGGAUCUGCACGGCAGCCAGGGCAGCGUUGCCUUGAGUGGUGCAGACGGAAGAAGUUCUGGUGGGCACGUUUUUCGUCAUCCCCAGGCCCCCGGCCCAGGCGAUCCAUCGGCCCUGGACGACAUCUUCAUUUCAGGACAUCAGAGCUACUCUUCUGCUCCCCUGAGUCUCAAAGAGGUUCCCGCAGACGCCCUGAAGAAAUUGCCUUUAUCGAAUGGACAGAUGUGCCAGCCCGCGAGGCCUCCCUCAAAUUACAGCCUAGUCCAUCACCCCGCUCCUCCGGCACCGGUGGCAAGGCAUCCCUCCAGAGAGCAGCUGAUCGAUUACUUGAUGCUGAAAGUGGCCCACCAGCCGCCGUAUACGCAGCCCCCAUGUUCUCCGAGGCCGGGCCACGAGCUGGCAAAGCAAGAGAUUCGAGUGCGAGUCGAGAAGGAUCCGGAGCUUGGAUUCAGUAUAUCAGGAGGCGUCGGAGGGAGAGGAAACCCGUUCAGACCCGACGACGAUGGAAUCUUUGUAACCAGGGUGCAGCCGGAAGGACCAGCCUCGAAGCUCCUGCAGCCGGGAGAUAAGAUCAUCCAGGCCAAUGGCUACAGCUUCAUCAACCUAGACCACGGCCAAGCAGUGUCCUUGCUAAAAACUUUCCAGAACACGGUGGAGCUCACCGUCGUCCGAGAGAUCCCCUCCUAAGUAAAGCGGGCAAGGGGAGACGCCAGCCAGCCGUUCUGCACGCCCCUCACGGGAAACUGAAUAAUUUUAAUUAUUUUUCUAUCUGAAAAGGAACGUGAGGAAAUCAUGCUCAAAAUCUGUACAGCAGCGAGAUCCGCAACUCGUGAUCGGAGGGGACGAACCACUGUGGUGAACACGCGGGAUGGCCGCGUGGAACCCCCCGCCCCCGAACCCCACCACCUCCCCAGGUCCUGGACGGCUCCACCCUGCCGGGUGUUUUUUAACUGCUAUCGCCUUGGAGGAUCUCCCCCUGCCCUCCCGGCCCCAUCCCCUUCCCCGUUCCCCCAGCCCACAAGCACUGACCUGUGUCGUGGUCGUUUUUUGUACAGAUGUCAGUUUAUUUUUGGAUAAUUCGCCCCCAUGACUGAACUGCGGGCCAGGCUUUUGGGGAGCCUCAGCUCCGGCCGGGAAACGGGUGGCGGGGGCCGUCCGUCCGCCCGUCGGUCUGCCAGUCCGGCCGGCGACCGUUUGGCCUUGAUUUUUCAGUCGCCCGAUUCGAAAGGGUUCUGCGGAAACCCCUUCCGUAGUUGCGUGUCAGAGAUGAGGGACGUUGGGGUUGCUGGGCGCACAGUGAGUAGAAGAAUGGGUAAGCGAAGGUGGUGCUGGUUUGAGUCUGUUUUUGGUUUUGUUCUUUUAAAUCCCUGGCCAGAUAGAACGGGGUUUUCCUAGGGAAGUCCGGAAGAGACGAGAAAGAGAAAACGGCAUCUGGUAAUCUGUCUUCUGCCGACAGAUCAAUGCAAUAAAAGCUUCCUGACCUUUUUCAAGGAAAGACUAUCCUGACAUUUCUGUGAGCUCCGCGGGACACACUUUACCAUAACGAUCGGCUGUCCCUGAAGGAUUUUAUUUUUUAUUUUUUGUUGUUCUUUUUUUUCCAGUCACCAGCCCGUUUUCAUUAACCGUACCGUGGAUCAGUGUCCGGCAAUCCUCCACUGCCAUGGAAAACCCCAAUUUUGUACAAACUGUGGUCUGUUUUUAAAUCAGUCGUCCGUAUCGAGGUUAUUUAUCUCUUUUUUUUCUUUUUUAACGCAAACCUCCCCCCCAAAAAACCAAAAAGGCCCAUUUUUCGGCUCAAAGCCAAGCCGCAGAACAAACAGAGCAAGGCGGGUCAGAAAAGCUAACAAACGGAGCAAGUCCGGGUUUGGUCCGGCAUCGGAGCGUCCAACCGGACGGAAGCAGCUGGCGUGGAGCUAGUGACCAAAGCGAGUCCGGGGGAGCUGCGAGGCAGGACCGGAGAGUCCCCGAGAAGAGGAGCGGACAGGAGGGGGACCGAUGGCCGAGACCCGCCCAGCCUGCUUCGGUUUUUGAUGAUAAAGGGCUGUUGGCGAAAUGCGAACGAGACCCUGAGGGGGAUCACUGGAGUGCCGCUCUCGCUCCACUCACGGGACGACGACGUUUCCCCGGCUGCCCCGCUUCCCCGUCGCCGGGUCGAGGCCCCGACCGGAUGGUUAUCGGUUUCGUCGACCAGAAACCCGAACUUCACGUUCCGCUUUCUCCCCUGUAAUGGAGGGGAGGCAACGAGCGAGGGUAAGGCCGGAUGACGGCCCUGGUGUUGAGAUCGCGGCCAGGUGCCCCAGAAGACCGAGAACCGUUUCGUUUGCCUUUUGUUUUUCGUUGGGGCUAACGGUUCACCUCUGCGAGGGCAGCGUUCAGUCAUCGCGGGCCCGUUAGGGUUGAAUAUGCAUCGGUGGUUUUGCCCCGGCAAGCUCCAUCGACCCCGGUGGCCACAAAGGUGGCUUUUUUUUUUUUUUUUUUUUUUUUAAAUAUGGCUAGGGAGAGGAUUUCGACCCGCUUGGUUUCUGAGAGACGGGAGGCUGACUGAGCGAUUCGCCUUCCCGUCUAGCCGAAAUCAAAGGGGAGUACUUUGGAGAUACGAAAACUCGAUUAUUGCACUUCUUUCAAAGAUGUUAUCGACGACUUAUUGGACUGUAUAGUUUGAGUCGUUUUAAUUGAGACCCUUUAACAACCUCUUUGUAUAUUUUAACUCCUUUUAGUUGAUUUUUCAGUACUAUUUACAUAGGAAUUGAUUUUCUUCUUUUGGAUAUAUUAGCGGAAAUGUGCCGUAUUUUGAUAAAAAAAAAAAAAAACCACUUAUCGUCUGUGUGCAGCAACCGCUAAAGAAGACAAACACAGCUUCUGCGAUGCAGAUCUCAAUGUCCGCCAUAUCCUCAGAUUCUCUAACUUCCGUUUGACAUCGGCUAAGCCUCGCCGCGUCCUCAUUGCUCUUAAUCACAGUCGGCCUUUUAAAAGGGAAUCGGCGGGAUCCGCUGGGACGCCUCGGGACCCUUCUGAUUGAACUUGGCCAGAUGGCCCCCUCCCCACCCGGUGGGGACGGGGUGGUCAUUUGAGGGAGGGAAAGAUGCCCCGGGCAGAACUGAUUCUUUACCGAUCUGGUCUCGAUGGAAUCGUGUGGUCUGGGAAGAGUGGCCGAGAGGGGCCGUAGAACCGAACCCGACGAAGGCUCCGACGCCCCUCCGUCGGCCGGCUCCCACCCUGGGAAGGUGCGGGGCGCUUCCAUGCGCCGGGGAGCCGUCCCCAGAGUUGGGUCCCGGGAAAGGACUGGCGCGGAGGCGUAGGUUAGGAAAUCCUCGGCGGGGCGUCCCGCCCCGUGGCCGCCACGGCCUGCUUCCCGGCCAUCGGCAACGCCGUCUGGGGGGGGAGGGGGGCGGGCCGAGGAGUUGGGAGACUAGAGGGUUACAGUAAAGUGAAAACGGGGGACGAGGUGACGGUAUUGGGUUGGAAUCCCAGUUUGGGAGGAAGGGGGGGAAGGUUUCCGUGGCGUCCAGCCCCGAUCGAGUGAGAAAAGACUGCGGAUACCUCAUCCCGACGGGCACGGGACGGAAGGGUUUAAAUCCAGACGGAACUCGCUUAGCGCUUCAUAGCGCUACGUCACGUUUCCGGCCUGGCUUUGAAACUAGUGAAAAUCGAGUGAAACGAGUCCCCUAUUCAACCUGUGGAAGCGUCUGCGCCGAUUCCGGCUUCGUGACCAGUUCGUUAAAGAAUCAGUUCGACCGACAGAGAAAUUAUGAAAUCCCCCACGUAUUUAUUAUGUAAAUACUUUUCUGACUUUUUGGACUGGAGUUUUGCAAAUGUGUAUAUACUUGAAAGCAUCCUCUGAACAUAGCAAUAAGCAACCCAGAAUCAAGCCUUGGAUAAUUCAUUUGCUGUUACUCCUUUUUAUUUUUCAAAAAUCCCGCGGCCACAGCUAUGUAAUUUUUUUAUCGAUCAGCAUUUAUUCAACAUUCCAAAUUUUUGUAUAUAAUUAGAGUCUUUCCGAAGUAACCCCUGGAGGAUAGGUAAUAAACUAAUGCCGUUUAAGAC